AUGACCUCCCUCCUUUGGAUCGCCACCAAGCUGGUGCGCUGGAUUCGCUUGAAAAUCUACCAAUAUGAAGUCACCUUCGCCGUCUACAUGCUCACGCCCACCGAGAAGUUCAUCUUCAACACCCUCCUCCUCACCCUUAUCGCCAUGAUCCUCACCGGCAUCUACGUCUACCUCCCAGACCACAUCCGAGCCAUCUACAGCCACCUCUACUACUACUGGGUGGGCGAACGCCCCUUCAUCUCCUCCAACCUCUCCUCCAUCAGCUCCGUAUUCCGCGAAACCGGAACCGACAAUCUCGAGGUCAUGUACGAGACGGCGAAAAACGCCGCCGCCACGGCCACAGAACCCAUCGGAGAGUUGUGA